GCUGGGUGAGACCGAGUCCCUCUCUCGGCUGCUUCGGUCUCCGCUGCUCCCUUUUCCCAAAGAAAAGAAGAGGAGCUCUAGGUCCGGGGAGGAGGAGGGCCGCCGCCGCCAUUAUCGGAAAGCCGAGAGAAAUCCCCACUUUCACACGCGCGAUCGGCUCCUAAAAAUUGCCCAGGACACGGAAAGGCUUCGCGUCGAGGCGGCAGCACGUUUCAGAGGAGACACCAGGGCGAUUACAACAAACUCACUGUUGUCUGCUGUGCGACGCCGGCCCAGCGUUAUUAUGUGGCCACAACAAUGGACAGAAUAAUGAUUGAAAAAGCAACGUGGUGAACCGAGAGGAAGACGUCUGGAGCAGGACUUUCUUUGCCUUUUUCUUUUUUUUUAACACGCCCGAAUCUCGCAGGCGGAAACCUCCCUUUUUUUUGCAAGAAUAAUCUUUAACAUAUUUAUUUCUUCCCGGCGUUUUUAUGCAACAAUAAAAAAAACACUGUUGCAAACAAAAAAAAACAACAACAACAAAAAACAAGAAGGGGGCGAGAAUCCAGACAUGUGUGAUGGGGAUUGAUUCCCACUGACCGCGCCAUACGCAGCGUUGUGAUACCAGUGAUUUUGGGAGCAGUUCCUGGCGUUUAUUCUGCGGCUUUUGCUUCAUACACAUCAGGCGGCGGCGAGGGCUGCGGCAAGCGCCGGCCUGACAGAUGCGAGCGGAGAGAAAGGGGGAGAAACGCGAUGGAUGUGACUCUUAUAAGGAAUGAAUGAAAGGACCUGCUGCUCUUAUCACUGCACUGCUAUUUAUUAUAAGUGACGCCCAGCAGAAGAAGGAGCAAUUUGAUCUGUUCUGUGGAUCAGCAGUAUACGGACCAGCAUAUUAGUGAUCUCUUUUACUCAGUGCCUAUUUGUGGCAGGAUGAGUUUCGAAAGGCUAUGAUGGCGAAAAAGCAAGAUGCCCGAUCGCCCAUUUACAACCUCAUUGUGGUGGGUUUGUCUGGAACAGAGAAGGAGAAGGGCCAGUGUGGGGUGGGCAAAUCCUGCCUGUGCAAUCGGUUUGUGCGACCCAGUGCCGAUGAUUUCUACCUGGACCACACAUCAGUUUUAAGCACGAGUGACUUUGGGGGUCGUGUGGUUAACAAUGACCACUUUCUAUUUUGGGGGGAGGUGUCUCGUGUCCUGGAGGAGGGCCCUGAGUGCAGGAUGCAUGUAGUGGAGCAAACCGAAUUCAUAGAUGACCAGACAUUUCAGCCACACCGUAGCACUGCUAUGCAGCCCUAUAUCAAGCGAGCAGCUGCGACCAAGUUGGCCUCGGCAGAGAAACUCAUGUACUUCUGUACAGAUCAGCUGGGUUUGGAGCAAGACUUUGAGCAAAAGCAAAUGCCAGAGGGGAAACUGCAGGUCGAUGGCUUCCUGCUUUGUGUUGACGUGAGCCGUGGCAUGAACCGUAACUUUGAUGACCAGCUGAAAUUCGUCACAAACCUUUAUGGCCAGCUCAGCAAGACCAAGAAGCCCAUUGUGCUGGUGCUGACCAAAUGCGACGAAGGUGUUGAACGCUAUAUCAAAGAUGCGCAUACUUUUGCAAUCACAAAGAAAAGCCUCCCAGUAGUCGAGACUUCUGCUCGCUCAAAUAUUAAUGUGGAUCUAGCCUUCCUCACGUUGGUUCAGCUUAUUGAUAAGAGCAGGGGCAAGCCCAAGAUCAUACCUUAUUUUGAAGCCCUGAAACUCCAGAGUCAGCAAAUAGCCUCAGCCAAGGAUCGCUAUGAGUGGCUCAUUAAUCGUAUUGUCAAAAAUCAUAAUGAAACUUGGUUAAAUGCCAGCCGACGAAUGAACAACUCACCAGAGUACAAAGAAUAUGUUUUCUUGGAAGGAACAGCUAAAUGCAAAAAGCUUUUUCAGCAGCACGUCUACCGCCUGAAGCAAGAGCACAUCGAGAGGCGUCGCCGGAUAUACCUUAGCACUCUCCCUUUAGCACUUAGUUCACUGGUGCCGGAUCUCGAUGAAAUAGAUCAGCUGAGCUGGUCUGGAGUGCAGAAAGUGCUGGAGUCCAAGCAACACUUUACUCACUGGUUUGUCGUUCUGGAGGAUUCUCCAUGGGAAGACACAUCUCACAUAGACAACAUGGAGGACGAGCGAAUCCCCUCAGACCUGCUGGAGACUGCUGAAGCAGAAGAUAUAUUCAAUGCCCAUCUGGAACAUCUAAGAAAUGAAUGUAGACGUGCAGAAAUAAGACAGGAGUUUAAGCAAAAGUUAGCAUCCUCACCCUUUGUCACGCCCGGUAAACCAUGGGAGGAGGCCCGCAGCUUCAUUAUGAAUGAGGAGUUUUAUCAGUGGCUCGAGGAGCCAGAGUACUUGGACCUGUACAACCGCCAUCAAAAGGAGAUUAUUGACCGUGCUAAAGAAGAUUUCCAGGAGCUUCUGCUUGAAUACUCUGAGCUUUUCUAUGAGCUUGAAGUGGAUGCCAAGCCAAGCAAAGAAAAGAUGGGAGCAAUUCAGGAGGUUCUGGGAGAGGAGCAGAGGUUUAAGGCGCUGCAAAAGCUUCCUGCUGAAAGAGAUGCCCUUGUGCUGAAGCAUAUUCACUUUGUCUAUCACCCCACCAAGGAAACAUGCCCCAGUAGCCCUCACUGUGGAGACUCUAAGAUCGAGCAACUCCUCGCAUCUCGUUUUCCCACCUGUUACCCCUUCUUUGAUGUGAAAGCUCAUUUUGGGGACACCAAAGCGGAUAGAAUUAAUUUGGUCAUCCUAGGUAAGGAUGGAUUGGCCAGAGAGUUUGCCAAUGAGAUUAGAGCUCUGUGCACAAAUGAUGACUGGUAUGUUUUAGACGGGAAGAUGUACGAGUUGACACUGCGGCCUAUUGAGGGGAACGUACGUCUUCCAGUAAACUCCUUCCACACCCCCACAUUUACCCCUCAUGGAUGUCUUUGUCUCUAUAACUCAAAAGAUUCUCUAUCUUAUGUGGUAGAAAGUCUUGAGCGACUUAGGGAAUCAACUCUAGGUCGAAGGGAUAGCCAGCUGGCUCAGCUGCCAACAUCCCUUCUUUUAGUCACUAAAAGAGGGGUGGGCUCAUAUGUUGAUAUAGGUGGAGACACUGCCUUAAACCUAAUAACACAGGGACAACAAGUUGCAAGGAGACUACAGUGUAGCUUUUUAGACCCAGCCUCCCCCGGUGUGGGCUAUGGGCACAAUGUAAAUGAGACUCAGAUCAAUCAGGUGCUGAGAGGCCUUCUUGAUGUUAGAAGGAGCACAUCUUUUAGUAGCAGCUCCCCACCUCUCCUCCCUGAGCCUCCCGGUCUCCGAGACUCUCCACAUCAGCCAGCCCAAGAGGCAGAUCUACGAAUUGUCUUGUGCUUAAUGUGUGGAGACCCCUAUGACAUUGAACAGCUCCUGUCUCCUUUCCUGAUGCAUCAGCAUUGCAGACCUAUGUCGAAUAGUGGCACUUCUGUGUUGUUAGAGCAGACUGUUGGGGGGCACAAGCUGGCCAUAGAGCUUUCUCUCCUCUCAUAUCAUGCCUCGUUCACUUUAAGGAAGAGCAGGUUAGUGCACGGCUAUAUUGCUGUGUACUCAGUCACCCGGAAAGCUUCCCUGGAGACCCUGUGUGCAUUCUUAUGUGAGGUUCAGGACAUUAUCCCCGUUCAGCUGUUGGCAGUAGGAGAUAGUCAGGCCGAGCUCACUGACAGCGACUUUGCCUGUGAACAGCUGAUUCAGGGGGAGGAGCUGGCCCAUGAGAUCGAGGGUCGUUUCAAUAGUGUGGUUUGUGGAUCCGGGGGAGUGGUGGGAGGCCUGCACAGAAUAGAAAUGUUUCAUUCAUUUCUGAUGGAGGUGGUGGAGAAGCGCAACAUCGUGGAGGCCACACAUAUGUAUGACAAUGUUGCAGAAGCUUGCACCGGUGAAAAUGUAUACUCCCCACGCUGCAUCUCUCCCAGUCCUAUGGCCAUGUUUGUGGAUUCGGAGGAUGACGUAGAGCCUUCUCCACCGUAUUACGAUGGCACUCUCUCCUCUCACGGUGGCGGCUUCAACAUGCCGGACUUGGACUCCAGUGACAUCUCUGUCAUAUCUGAUAUCAGAGACUUUGAAAAUAAGCUCAACAACAAAAUACCCCAAGUGAGAGUAAAACCAGGUGUCACUUUUGACUUCCGGAAGGUUAGCCGUAGUCCUUACAUCGACACCCUAGGUCAUCGUCGGUCCCUGCCCUCUGCUGUUACCUGGGUACCUGGUGGAGAUGUGGGUUACGACCCCUCAGACUACGCCGAACCCAUCGAUGCCGUCUCAAAACCCCGCCCUAGCAACGAAGAAAUCAUCUACUCAGUUCCACAUGACAGCACACAGGGCAAAAUCAUUACCAUCCGCAACUCCAACAGGAUGCAUUCAAAUGGAAAUGGCUCAGACAGCGAGGCAGACAGCAGCUCUUUGGAGCGAAGGAGGAAGUUCUCAGCAAUCGGAGUGAAGCCCAGACUGUACCGCGACCGCUCGAAGAGACUGGGCAAGUUCAGCAGUUUCCGUACAAGCUUUAUAGGCAGCGACGAUGAAAUGGGAGCUCUGUCAAAGUCCAAAGAAGAUGACUUUGGGACUUUGAAAGGUGACAGUCUUGUUAACGAGGAGAUCGAGGAUCCAAAGAAGAGGAACAUUCUGAAGAGCCUCAGGCGAACAGCCAAGAAAUCAAGACCAAAGCCGCGUCCAUCCAUUUCCAAGCCCAUGGAGAGCUGUUACUUUGGAGUGCCGCUAGCAAGUGUGGUCUCCCCAGACAGACCAAUUCCACUUUUCAUAGAGAAGUGCGUCCACUUCAUUGAGAAAACAGGCCUGAACACAGAGGGCUUGUACCGUGUGAGUGGCAACAAGUCGGAGAUGGAGAGCAUGCAGAAGCAGUUUGAACAGGACCACGGAUUAGACCUGGUGGAGAAAGACUUCGCCAUAAACACUGUGGCUGGAGCUCUCAAAAGCUUCUUCUCAGAGCUGCCUGAGCCCCUGGUGCCUUGUGCUCUGCAGGUGGAGCUAUUGGACGCUUUCAAAAUCAUGGACCGAGAGCAGAGGCUGUACGCCAUGAAAGACGUCCUGAGGAAGUUUCCCAAGGAGAACUACGACGUCUUCAGAUAUGUAGUGAGCCACUUGAACAGGGUGAGUCAGCUGAGCAGAGUGAACCUGAUGACCAGCGAAAACCUGUCCAUCUGCUUCUGGCCCACCCUCAUGAGGCCCGACUUCACCACAAUGGACGCCCUGACUGCCACGCGCACCUACCAGACAAUCAUCGAGACCUUCAUCCACCAGUGUGCUUUCUUCUUCUACAACCAGCCGCUGAUCGACUCCCCGACGGGCCUCGGGGGCCUCCCCGCCUCGCCCACCACCACCCUGGGCGGGAGCUCCGCCUACUCCUGCUACCGCUCCUCGCCUCCGCACACCGCCGCGCACUUCAGCCCCCUGCAGCAGUCUCCACCCACCACGCCGCAGUCGCCCCUUCAGUCCCUGCUGUCGCCGCUCCACCAGCACCCCCACGCCCACCAUUCUCCUGCUGAACAAGAGACACUGUGAGAGACCAUGACACCGUGUGUGCCCAUGAUGAUGCUGGACCGUGUCACCGAUACACACAAACACAUUCAGACACGAGAAAAACAAAAAGCAAACACAGCGAAAUCUCAAACAUGGACAAACCUAGGUUAUGACGAUGUGUGUGUGUGUGUGUGUGUGUGUGUGUGUGUGUGUGUGUGUGUGUGUGUGUGUGUGUGUGUGUGUGUGUGUGUGUGUGUGUGUGUGUGUGGUGGGGGGGAGGGGGUGCAGGAAGUGAUGGUGGUCAUAAUUGUGUGAAAUGUGGCAUGCUUCCAUUAUCAGUGAGGCGGAGGACGCUGCAAGGCUACCAAGAAACCUCCAACCCGAGCUAGACUGAAUGAUUUUCUUUUUUUAUGUGUAAUAUUAAUUUUUCUUAAAGUACCACCACUGGAUUUAUGGACCAGGCCCCCUGUAGGUCCGUAGGGCAGCAGUUUGCUACAUAGAAGCAGAAGAUUAUCGUCUUUUUUUUUUUUUUUUUUUUUAAGCAUUUCUCAUGUUGCUCUAUUUGAGGGGCUCAGCAUGGUGGGAAAGGAAAGAGGGUGGGGUAUCCCAUCCAGGGAUGCACUUUAAUGAUCACUGUUUUUCUUUGCUUAUUUUUUGUUUGUUUUAAUUUCUCUGCUCAAACAGCCAUACGUACCAUUGCCUCAACCGAGCUCUGGCAGAUCAAACUUUGUUUACAUCAUGUUUUUUCCUGUUUUUUUUUUUUUUUUUUUUAAUCCACAGACCUAUCUGAAGCACUUUUUGAUAGUGUAGUAUUAAAUAUGAAGAAAUGCCACAUAGGUUAAUUGUCCAUAUUGUUUGCUUUUAGUGGCUGAAUGUGGCAUGAGUGCAGGAUCUUUUUGUAGAAAAAACAAAACAGAAAAAAAAAAAAGCAAAGUUAGUCUUCUAAUUAGAUCCAGUUGUGCCCCCUGUUCUGGGUUGUGAUGGAAAGUUGAAUCUGCUUAAUGUUCCUCAUUCAUCCAGACAUGUGGGGAAAAUAAGGAAAAAGAAAUUCUUCUCAUCUUCUGGCUGUUUGUUGAUCCAAGUGGAUGUUUAGGGGCUUUGUGUUUUUUUUGUUGUUGUUUUUUUUAAUCUGACAUCAGUUGAAGGAGAACUGUUGCCAUGUUGAAUGUGUAACCUAGUCGCUUCCAUCAUCAUCAUCAUCAUCCUCAUCGUCAUCAGCCGGUGUCCCUGGAAACCAAAAUGCUUGAAACGCGACAGGCAGCCCGACGCGUUGUCGUCCCGUCUGCCGACCCUCGGCUCCUUUUAUUCAUGUCACAUUAAGAACCUUUAACCGGGUCUGGGAUCUUUACUGUUACUGCUGGUUCUGCUGAGACGGAACCUGGUUUGGAGAGAAGCGAAACCCCUGCUGCGGUUGGGACCCGUUCGGGGAGCGUCUGCUCACCGUUCUCAGAGGCAGCUCUGCAAAAUGAAGGCCCUCUAACUUUAACCUUAUGAACUUUUAACAAGAAAGUAGCCUGCUGUCUUUCAAAUGCGAGGAUUGUAGCACUGUCUUUUGGUUGCGUUUGCAUUGGGAUCAUCUGUUUUACUGGUACUGUUGGGGGAUUGUAAUUUUUGUGUUCAACAGACUGGAACAAGGAAGAAAAAAAAAAAAAAAAUGAAGUGUUUUUCUCAGAUUGACCUGAGCUUGAAGCUUCGACCAUUCAGACCAACAUGAUACCUGGGAGUGUAUAAAUAAUACUGCUGCAUUAUUUGGCUUUCAGCAAAAAAAGGAAAGGAAAUAAAUAAUAAAGAGAGAGUAAAAAAUACCCGACCAAACGUGCCGUUGAAAGGAUCAACGAUUGGGUGCACACCGUGUCUCGGUUAUGGUUGUUUGUUUGUGCGUUGUGGGGAAGGGGAGGGAGGGACGCCGCCCUUUAGUUGAUGGUAGAAAACAUUUCUAGUGUGUAUUUCAAUUAUCGGAGGCUCCUUUUUACAAUUUUUGUGAAUGGUUUAAAAGGCCACUUAAAAUUAGUGCAUGAUUUAAAAAAAAAACAAAAAAAACAACAAAAGAAAUAAUAACAAAGAAAAAAACAUAAGACCACACACGAAGGGAGGAGGAUGAAUGCCCUCUUUCUGUUUUUAAAACAUGAAGUAAGUGUGAGAACACGAUUUAGCUGAAAAAGUUCAUGUAUUGUGUGCACCAGGAGCAAACGGUGGAAUUUGUCUGACCGAGAAAACGUUCGAAUAUGAAGGCCUUAUGUGAACUGUACAAUAGUUAAUAAAUUAAAUCUUGUAAAACUUC